AAUGAUCAUGAGGAGGCUCAAGAAGAGUUUUUGAAGAAAACAGAGUUCUUCUUCAGUGCAGCAGUUGAAAAUUGGGAUGCGGAAUUCUAUGUUAAAGUUGAUGACAACAUCAAUCUUGACCUUGAGGGGCUAAUUGAAAUGCUUGGAACCCGACGUGGUCAAAGUGGUGCUUACAUUGGGUGCAUGAAAUCAGGGGAUGUGAUAACUGAGGAGGGAAGGUCAUGGUAUGAACCUGAGUGGUGGAAGUUUGGAGAUAAGAAAUAUUUCAGACAUGCAGCUGGUUCUCUAUUCAUACUAUCUAAGAACUUGGCUGAAUAUAUCAACAUAAACAGUGCAUCUCUGAAGACUUAUGCUCAUGAUGAUACAUCUGUUGGAUCAUGGAUGAUGGGCCUGGAAGCAACAUAUAUUGAUGAUACUCGUCUUUGCUGCAGCAACUACCGUGAAGACAAGGUGUGCUCCAUGGCUUGAGUCAACUCGUCUUCUAAUUUUGAUGUGGAUCCUAUGAGUCAACUCGUCUUCUAAUUUCCUUCUUGGUGGAUCAUUCAAAUCGGGACUUCAAGAAGUUAAAAUAACUGAGAUGUUUUCAGAAUAUGUAACAUUGAAGUUCAUGACUUGCCCAAAAGCAGCAAGGGUCUUAUCAAAAGCUACAAUAAAGUAUCCUUCUCUAUGAAGAGAGCAAUUUCAAAACAAUGUUGUGUCAUCUGGAGACUGCCAGAUUUUGAUACUCAUCGAAGUCAUAUUUUCUUGAGAUGGAUACAAAGGCUGGAGAUGUAGCUCUGAUAUUGCCUUUGUAGGAUUUAUGUUCAACCAGCAAAUGCUAGAGGCAAUUGGAUUUCCAUUUAGAAAAUUAGUAGAUAUUCAGAAAAAGAUCGUUAAGUUUGCAUUUCACAUUGUAAACAUUAUGCCAUUUAAAGGUGA